CAGUGCAGCGUGACAAUGGAUAAAAAUCAUCCACAGUGCAUACAGGGACCCAUUGACGGACUAGCCACCGAUGAAGGUGGUUCGGAACCUGAAGGCGUGACCUACAAAUGGAUUGGUGACAAACGUAGAGUGUUUAGUGUUUGUGCUAAAGACAUAGUGUUCAAAAUGGCUGCUACGGCAUUUUUGAUCGCUGCGGCACUACUGGGACAUGCUAGAGCGGAUGUAAUAGACUUGAAAUGUAGUGACAAUGCAACGUGUAUAGAAGAUAUGGCGAAAGAUUUUGUGAGAAGUAUAAGGCAGCAGAAGACUAUGAGAAUUUUCGACGUGCUAACGAUAGAACCCAUCGGUACGAGGCAGGCCAGAUCGAAUGAGGGUCUGCUCUCGAGGCUUCUUAGCAACAACGCUUUCAGUUUGGACUGGAAUGAUUACACCUUCAGGAUAUGGAAAGCGCAGGAUAGGCAAGAUGCGUUGGACUUAGAAGUGUUUGAAGGCAGAACUGCUAAAGAUGUUUCGGAGGACAUUCCGAAGAAAUCGAAAAGCAAAGUUGGCAAGGAAGAAGAAGAGCCAGAAGAAGAGGACAAAAUCAAGAAAUCACCAAAAGGAAUCAGAAGACGCCGAACGAAAAAAAGGCUCCUGCAAGCUGUAAUCCCGAUGGUCUUCGGCAUGAAAUCCUCUGCAGCAUUAAUCUUCGCCAUGUUCCUCGUCACCGCCAUCACAUUAAAGGCUUUCGUGCUUAGCAAAUUGGCUUUGAUUGUUACUGUCGCCAUGGCUUUGAAGAGAUUGUACGAGUCCUAUAGUAUGGGUGCUGGUUUACAAAACCACCCAUACCUUUACUCCCAGUAUCCGAUCGAUUUCCCAAGCGCCUCGUCGCACGCAUAUUCCGUAAGUGGAAUGAGCCCACAAUUCCCCGAGAUGUAUAACCCGACGGCAAUGGCCUCGCACCAGGCAGAUAUUCUGCCGCACAACGAUGCAUCGGCUCAGCAGUCGCAACAGGCGCCAACAGUACAGCUACUCAACUCAACCAGAGCUUCAGAGCGAUGGGACGGAUACCGGAGGCCUUAUGGAACCUCGCGCGCUACUUCAGAAUCCUAUUUGGGCUACCAGCCAUAUCGCCGCUGAGUGAAUCAUCUAUGACCAUGCCUAUGUACGUCAUGCCCCAAAUGUAUCAGCAGGCAAUGGCUCAACAACUGGGUCAGCUGAAUCAC